AUGCUGGAUGCAGGGCUCGGCGUUCCUGGGCCCGGACACUGUGGGGCUUAUAAGACCUGUGAUCCUACGACUCGUCGUCAAGGCUUCCGUAGGAGGCUGCGGAAACUGGAGUACAUGGGACUUGGACGAGUUCCUGAACGAGAACGGGAUCCCGCUAGACGAGAACAGCAAGCGCGUCUCGUCCGCCUCGAACGGGGGCAGCAACACCAAUUCCACAACGAGCGGCACGGGCGGCAGCCUUACCCUCGGGUCUGUGCUGUCUCCCGAGGCGCCCUCGUCACCCGAUUCCCCUCAGCGCGUGGGGUCCGCCUCAUGGGGGUAGCCGAGUGGCAGACCCCCACGCCUGCUGCCCUGCCAUCACUGUUCUGCCUCCCCGCCCUCUCGCCGCAGGACUGCUCUCUAGAGGGCUACCCGUCCUCGCCAGAGUCCUCGGUCUCCCUCGAUCCCCACGACCCCCUUCAGGUCCAUGAACCAGAGGCCGCUCGAGCAAGUCAGGGGCGAGAAAUUGGGUCUGUCAGAGGACUGGGUGCAAAGUUGCGUGUUGACAAAAACCCUGUCAACCGCAAGGCAAGUGGUGAGGCACGCCAGCCUUCAGCCGGAGGUGUGCCUAAAGGCGUCGCAAUUGACUUCAGCAUAUCCCCUAACGACUUAGCCCUUGCCACAGUACCUGGACAGGACUUUGACCCGCGGACCCGCAGCUUCACCGAGGAUGAACUCAAACCACAGCCGAUGAUCAAGAAAAGUCGCAAGCAG